AUUAUAUAUCAAUUCACUAAACUUCCCCAUCCCUCUCAAAACUGUUCUCAUUCAUUUACUCCAACCACAGCUAUUACUAUAGCUUUAAUGGCCAUGGCCUUCCUCUUCCUCCUCCAUUACAAUCAAUUCAUUUCUCUUCUGUGCCUCCCAUAAUUCCUCUUUCCAUCACUAACCCACCCACCUCUUCUUCUUCAGCAGUCCUCAUCUUCUCCCCUUCUGCUUCUGAAAUUCAUCUUCUAGAGCUUAAAUCAAUCUCUGGUGAGUUCCUCCUUCUCCCUUUAUGAUUUUUCUUAAAUCCAAUCAUGGAUUGGAUCUCCAUAAAUCCAUCCAAGGAGAUGACUUCCUCUAACUAUCCUCCUUCUCCUCCACUUUCCAUGACCAAAUAUGAAAGUAAAAUAAGCCCAACAAUCCUCCUCAUAAUCGUGAUACUAUCAGUCAUAUUCUUCAUCUCUGGUAUUCUUCACCUCCUUGUUAGAUUUCUCCUUAGACCCACAGUAAGAGAGCCAGAAGAUCCAGACAAUGGCACUGCUCUGCAAGGCCAGCUCCAGGAGCUCUUCCAUCUCCAUGAUGCAGGUGUGGACCAGUCCUUCAUCGACACCUUACCAGUUUUCCUCUACAAAGCCAUUAUAGGCUUGAAGGACCCAUUUGACUGUGCUGUUUGCUUGAGUGAAUUUGAGCCACAGGACAAGCUCAGGCUUCUCCCAAAGUGCAGCCAUGCUUUCCAUAUCGAAUGCAUAGAUACAUGGCUUCUUUCUCACUCCACUUGUCCUCUUUGCAGAAGAAGCCUUUUCCCUGACUUCUCCCCUGUCCAUAAUAGCUUCAACCCAGUGCUCCUAGUGCUUGAAUCCGCAGGUGAUAGCUCAAGGGAGUUUGUUGCAUCCAAUAGAGAAGAACCUGGGCUGAAUCAACACCUGGGCAAUAUAGAUACUGAAUCAACACAUGGUUCAUUUCAGAAGCCAUCAGAGGCUGUGGUGAAGGAGGAAUUCAGCUUGCAGGAUGAAAAGGUUUUAUCAGUCAAGCUUGGGAAGUUUCGAAAUGUGGAUUCUGAAUCAGGUGGAGAAGAAGGUAGCAGUGUUGGCAAUAGAAACAUGGAAAAGAGCCAGAGGAGAUGCUUCUCCAUGGGUUCUUAUGAGUAUGUCAUGGAUGAGAGUUGUGUGCUUCGAGUAGCUCUCACUUCCAUCAAAAUGAAGAAGCUCAGUGUCAAGAGAUCUGGUUAUCGCUCGGCGAUGUCUGAGUCUGGUUUUCAUCCAAGUACAGAUGAAUUGAGCACCUCAGAGCUCAGAGCUAACAAUGCUUCCGAUCUCUGUAAAAGAGAGAGUUUCUCAGUUUCAAAGAUAUGGCUUCAACCAACAAAAGAGAAGGCUGAUUCUUCGAGACGAGCCGUCUCCUUCCGCUUUCCAUUGCAUGGUGCUCUCGCCAUGGAUUCGAAGAAGAUUCGAGUUGGUUUAGGGGAAGAGAGGGAGAAGAGUGGAAGUGAGAUGGAUCUGGAUGUAGAAAUUGGCAGCUGUGUCAAUAGUUCAUGUUCACAGAUUGAAGGAACUCCUUCAUUUGCAAGGAGAACAAUGCUAUGGAUUGUGGGGAGGCAGAACAGAGUAGGGAGCAAUCAAUGAUAUGAAUUGGAUGGAAUUGAUUCAAUUCAACUUCAACUAGUUUUAGUUUUUUUU